AUGAAGAUGAUCUCGCUUCACGUUAAGCCCGAUGCAGUGCAUCGAAGGGAUAAAGCCGCCUUGCCAUUGCAGAGUCCACAAAUCGUCAGCUAUAUUCAGGAAGUUACGUUGAGAAAGUACCAGAAUCAAGAGGAAGCGAUUUCAGCUGGUAGUGCUGAUGAGCUAGAACCAACGUUGAGUGUGACCGAGAUGGUACUUGAAGUUUGUACAGAUGAAGGAGCCGAAUGUAUGGAAGAAGGAGCCGAACGUAUAGAAGAAGGAGCCAAACUUAUGAAUGAAGGGCCUGCGGACGAUGCCAUGACCACCGCUUCGGAUGAAGGAAAAAUACUCCGACGACCUGACCGGACGACCGACGAGGAGGAUGAGAACGUCGUACGAAACUGGAAGAAGACACUGGAACAAGCACAUACGAGGCUGCCUUAG